UUAUAUAUUUACUUUCUUGAUAUUAUCAUCCCAAAAGGGUCAAAGAAAAGAGCUGUUACACGGCUGUGCCAUUGCAAUCGGCCAGCAGAAUGAAAAUCCUUGAGUUCACCCGAAUCAAACCAUCCCCUGAUUCACCAAAAUCAGCAGCAGAGUUGUCCCUUCCUCUCACUUUCUUUGACAUUUUCUGGUUCAAACUCCCACCAGUUGAGCGACUCUUUUUUUACCAAAUUAACAACUCAACCCCUGCGUAUUUCAACUCAGUAAUCCUCCCAAAACUCAAGCACUCUCUUUCUCUCACUCUCCUCCAUUACCUCCCUCUCGCUGGUAACCUCAAGUGGCCAUCAACUUCGCCUAAACCCAUUAUUUUAUACACUCCAAAUGAUGGAGUUUCGCUCACGGUUGCUGAGUCCGCUGCAGACUUUAACCUUCUCUCAAGCAAGGGAAUCUAUGAAGCUGUCGAGUUACAUCCUUUGACACCUGAGCUGAUAACAUCAGAUGAUUCUGCAUCAACUAUAGCUUUGCAAAUAACCCUUUUUCCAAAUAUGGGGUUUUGCAUCGGAAUCACUGCUCACCAUGCUGUUCUUGAUGGUAAAGCUACAACCUUGUUCAUGAAAUCUUGGGCUUAUUUAUGCAAUCAAGGUUAUACAGAACACUCUCCCUUGCCGCCAGAGCUAACCCCAUUUCUUGACAGGAGUGUUAUCAAAGAUGUUACGGGGCUUGACCUUGAUAUGCUAUACUUGAACCAGUGGCUAGCUAGUAUCGGGUCAGAUUCAGCUACUAAUAACAAAAGCUUGAAGAUUUUGCCAAACAAAGGAGAAGCUCCUAAUUUAGUUCGAGCAACGUUUGAGAUUACUCGUGAAGAUUUCAAGAAAUUAAGAGACAGGGCAUUGGCUCAAUUAUCAGAUAGUGGGAAAGAGCUUCAUCUAUCAACUUUUGUGCUUACGCUUGCUUAUGUAACACGUUGCAUAGUUAAAGCAAGAGGUGGAGAAGAUGAUAGAAAUGUUGGUGUUGGAUUCACCAUUGACUGCAGGCCGCGUUUAAACCCUCCUGUCCCCGAGAAUUACUUUGGAAACUGCAAUACAAUUACAGGAGAUUUAUUCAAAGCAAGAGAUUUCUUGGACGAAAACGGGUUUGGUUUUUCUGUUCAUAAGGUAAGUGGCAUGGUUAAAGUAUUGAUGGAAAAAGGGCCUCUCGUAGGAAUAGAAAAUAAGUUGUCAACUGUUUUGAAUUUUAGUGAGGAAAUCGCAAAAUCAAUGCAAAUUAUUAGUGUUGCAGGAUCACCUCGAUUUGAAGUUUAUGGUUCAGAUUUUGGUUGGGGAAAACCAUUGAAGGUGGUAGUUGUUUCCAUUGACAAGAACGAAGCUAUUUCCAUGGCUGAGAGCAGAGAUGGGAGCAGGGGAGUCGAGGUUGGUUUGGCUUUGAAAAAGCAUGAAAUGGAGUUUUUUUCCUCUUUGUUUCUAAAAGAUGUUUAACAAGAUGUUGAAAUGUGGAAUAAAAUGGAAAUAGUGAGUACUUAUUUUUAAAAAA